AUGGUAGAAGAUGCCGUCAAAGUGUAUUCGCGUACUAAAGAGAUGUUUAACGCUCUCAACAUGGACAUUCGAGAGUUCGUCUCAAAUCAACAGGACCUCAUGUCUGCAAUAGCGAGUCACUAUAAGUCAGCUGAAUUAACACCGAAAGUUCUAGGGAUUAAAUGGGAUUCUACAGGUGACGAAAUACAGGUUUCGUGUGUAAUCUCUGCUCAGGAACAGGUGACGAAGAGGAAAGUCGCGAGUUCAAUUGCGUCGAUAUACGAUUCCAUGGGGUGGAUGCUCCCCCUUCUGCAUAGAGCAAAGCUAUUCCUUCAAUCAUUAUGGAAAGCUCAGUUCGAGUGGGACGACCGGUUACCGGAGCCCCAACAGAUAGAGUAG